AUGAGUUAUCAGGCAAAUGCCGAAGCAGAACUGUUCAAGAUUUUCCGUGUUGCUCUCGAGUCACAACGAGGACAACGACACAAGUCUCUAAACCGAGCUGGAUAUGCAGUCAAGGUGAUGUCAUCAAAUCCAUAUCACAUCAUUUCUUCCGAGACUACACUCUUGGAGACGAUCCACGAUAUUCGAGAUAAGCUACGCAUACUCAGCUCACUUGCCGAUGACCAAGAUGCCGUCUGGAAACAGAUGUCGCCGGUUUACACCGCAAAUGGCAAGCUUCAGUAUUAUUACUUAUAUACGCCAGCAGACGCCAAGCGCGAUCUAGAAGGUUUGAUAGCAGAGGCAGAGACUGUUCAUGACUCUAUCAACUUACUCCUCAUCUGCGUCAGAAGCAAGCGAGUAUAA